UCAUCGUCUGCGGCGCGCGCAACAAAAAUAACAGCUGUACCGUUUCUCCUAACCUCAAAGCGCUCCGUCAAUCUUUUUCUUUGAAUCGGUUUUGUGGAUUCUCAGUAUAUUUAUUAGCAAUCGCGUUAAUUUAUUUAUAUUAAAUUUAGUUGUCAGGUAUAUCGGUGAAAUAGUAACGAUGGUGAAAAUCAACAUACGAUGGAAGACCGCCGAGGACUUUAAUAUUCUACGAGGGACUAGUUUUGCGACAAAAGUGAAAUAUUUCUGGCGCAAAGGAUGGAUAGAGGUGCCAGUGAUAAUGGGAGGCUCGUUCUUCAUGCUAACAGGCCUUGCCUUGGCUUGUUAUGCGUGGCAUUAUUCUAGCACGCACGAUAUGACUCCGAAAUAUUUUCGAACGCCAAGAAUUUACAGACCGGACGACCCGCGAGUUAAGACGAUCCGUUAUGUCUCGGAUUUUGAUAAAAUAUGAAUUUUCAUUUAAUGAAUUUUCAUAGCAUUAUAUUAUGAUACACAGCUGUUAUAUCCUAUAUUGUAGAAUUAUUAUUCGAAUAAAUGUGUAAAUUAUUAUACCA